GGGGGGCGGGGGGAUGUUCGACUGGGACGAGGGGGACCGCUUCUCGUUCGAGGACAGCGACCGCUUCGAGGAGGACUCCCUGUGCUCCUGGAUCAGCGAGCCGGAGAGCUCCUGCAACAACUGGAGGGGAUGGAAGAAGCAGCAGAGCGUCGUCAGCAUCGUCUACCACCCGGCCUCGCACCCCAGGAACAGAGGUGAGUUCGUGGGGGACGGGCAGGUGGCUUCCCUGGUGGAGCUGUCCGCCCGGGUGGUGGCUUUCCACAUCCCGUUCGAGGUGGUGGAGCACGUGUGCCCUCCCGUCCCGGAGCAGCUGCAGCUGAGGAUAGCCUUCUGGAGCUUCCCGGAGAACGAGGAAGACAUAAGGCUGUAUUCCUGCCUGGCCAAUGGGUCAGCUGACGAAUUCCAGAGAGGUGAACAUCUCUACAAGGCCAGAGCCGUGAAAGAACUUCUACAAAUAGGUUUCCACCUGAGCGCCACCAUCAUGCCGCCCCAGCCGGCGGGCGUGCAGGGCGGCAAGGGCCACGGCUGCAACGUGGCGGUGACCUUCGACCGGUGCCGGGUGACCUCGUGCGCCUGCACGUGCAGCAGCGCCGCCUCGUGGUGCUCGCACGUGGUGGCCGUCUGCCUGCACCGCAUCCACCAGCCCUCGCACGUGCGGCUGCGGGCGCCCGUCUCCGAGAGCCUCAGCCGCCUGCACCGCGUGCAGCUGCAGAAGUUUGCGCAGUACCUCAUCUCGGAGCUGCCGCAGCAGAUUUUACCCACUGCUCAACGUCUCCUGGAUGAACUGUUAUCCAGUCAGCAGACGGCCAUCAACACAUUAGGAGGGGCACCAGAUCCGACGGCGGGCGCGUCCAUCAACGAGCAGACGACGUGGUGCCUGGACAACUCAACCCUGCACGACAACAUCCGCAAGAUCCUCAUCAAGCUGUGCGUGCCCUCGCCCAUCGUCUUCUCGGACGUCAACUACCUCAGCUCCACCGCCCCUCCCGCCGCCGCCGAGUGGGCCUCCCUCCUGCGCCCCCUACGGGGCAGGGAGCCCGAGGGGCUCUGGAACCUGCUCUCCAUCGUGCGGGAGAUGUUCCACCGCAGCGACCGGAACGCCAUCCCCCUGCUCGAGAUACUCACCGAGGAGGUGCUGCAGUGCGACCAGAUCCUGAGCUGGUGGUUCAGCACUAAGGUGUCGCUGCACGUGGGCUCCUCCGGCGGGCACGGCGGCGGCCGUGGCGGGGGCGGCGGCAGCGUGCACUCCAACACCCACGCCUCCCAGCACGCCUGCAGCUCCCUCUGCGACGAGGUGGUGGUGCUGUGGAGGCUGGCCGCCCUCAACCCCGCGCUCAGCCCCCAGGACCGGCAGACGCUCUUCGGGCAGCUGCGGUGCUGGCACGUGAAGACCCUGGAGCGCGUGUGGAAGACGAGGAGCGGCGGGGGCGGCAACUCCUCCGGGGGCGGCCUGAAGCGCACCGACAUCGAGGUGUUCCCCGGCUUCCGCCCGGCCAUGGAGGGGUGCCUGCUGGACUGGAGCGACUACCCCAUCCCGGGGGUCACCUAUGCCGAGGGAGGAGGCAGGAGAUGGUACUGCCCGUACGUGCACGUGCGCACCUCGGAGCCCUCGGCCUCGGCCGGUGUGGGCGGCGGGGGCGGCAGUGAGAGCGACGGCGGGAGCUUCUCCUCCCGGAGGGGCCGCUCGGUGGACGUGGGGCAGCUGGCCGGGUGGUGCCCCUGCGAGCACGACGGAAGGAGGAACCUCUGCAUGCUGGGGUUCCAUCAGGGGGAGCCCAAGGCCGGAGGGAGCAACAGGAGCUCCCUCAGCAGCGAGGGCUUCUGCGAGAACGAACAGGAGGUGCUGGCCGAGGCGCUGUCCGAGUCCCGACGCACGUCGUCCUCCCGGCAGGCGGGCCCGUCCGCCACGGGGGGAGCCUGGAGCUCCCAGGAGGAGCCCUCGGAGGACAAGGACCACGAAGACGAGGACAAGGAGGAGCCCCUCUUCGCCACGCCCCCCAGACCCAACGCCCAGAAGGCCAACGGCUUGAGGCGCGGAGACUGCCCCGAGUCCCGCCCACCCGGAGACGAGUACCACCUGUACUACUACGACCCCCGCGCCCGGGUUUCCGGGGCGGGGCAGGAGGGUCCACGUCCGCCGCCACCCGAAGAACAGUGGUUUUCCGUUGCGGUCAAGAAGAUCGAGGACCCACUAGAGGUGCUGUUCGCCCGUGCGGAGGCCCUCCACGCCCACGGCCACUCCAACGAGGCAUGCAUGCUGGCAGUCCGACUGGCCGAAGAGCUGCUGGCAUCUCCCCCGGACCUCACCCCGGACUCCCCGGCCGCCUCAUCCUCCUCGGCCCCGACCACCAACGGCGCGACACCGUCCUCCUCCUCUGCCACCUCCUGCAGGGGUGCUGCCAGCGGGGGCGGCAAGAAGGGCCGCUCCCCCCGCUUCGACCCGGCCCACCACCGGGCCAGCCUCCUGGCCUCCGCCACCCUGGCCAAGGCGGCGUUCCUCUGCUCGGUGCUGGGGGAGAGCUCCCCCGAGCACCACGCCCUGGCGUUCCGGGUCGGGCUCUUUGGACUGGAGGUGGUGAGGCCGCCCGCGUCCACCAAGGCACUCGAGGUGAAGCUGGCCAACCAGGAGCAGGAGCUGGCGCUGCUGCUGAAGAGGCUGCCCCUCACAGAGCGGGAGGCGGACGUGAUCCGGGACCGGGCGGAGAGCCUGCGAGCGGGGAAGCCGGUGUCCCGGGGGGAGGCGCUUCUCCCCCUCACCCUGGCCAGCUUCCUCUUCGACGCCCUGGCCGCCCCCUCGCCGCCCGCCAUACAGGCGCUGGGUGGAAUGCAGAACCGCAGUAUGGCUCCAGCCUUCGCAAGAUUGCCUGGAGAUGAGCAGUUGGGUUUUGAUGCAGCUGUGGCUGCUUUGGGGCUGAAGGCAAACGUUUCGGAAGCAGAGCACCCCCUGCUGUGUGAGGGCACGAGAAGACAGAGGGGUGACCUGGCAAUCACCCUACUGGUGACCUACAAAGACGACCAAGAGAAACUGGCAAAGAUCAUGGAGAAGCUAUUGGACAAGGAGGUGCACCAGAUGUACAAGGCACCCACCUCCUCCCUCUACUACUCCUCCUCCUCCUCCUCCACCGCUGCCAGCACCUCCACCGCGGGGGCCGCCAAUGGCUGCGCCACGGGGGAGCAGGGGACGGAUCGCGCCGCCCCGGAAGAGCGCUCCUCCACCCCGGGGGAGGAGGCCGCCGCCCCGGGAGACGGGGACGGGCCCGAUGAUCCGGAGGGACCGCCCGACCUGCAGAGGGGCGCCAACGAGAGGAGGCAGAACGGGACGGGGAGGCCCAGGAGCCUGCCCUCGGCACAGAACGGGAACAGGACGAGACAGUCCCACAGGAGCGGGGGCAUGGACGAUGCGGGAGAACAGAGCGAGGGCGCCUCCAGCCCCGGCUGGGAAGAAGACUACAAAGCCUGGGAGGCCAAGUUCAGAUGCACCAACUUCAGGACCAACAAGAAGCAGCACUCGGCAGGCAUGGCCAGCAUCGACAGCAGCGCCCCCGAGACGACGUCGAGCGACAACUCGCCCACGGUGGUGCGUCGCAGCCACUGGCUGAAGGGCGGCAGCGGACCGGGCAGCGACAGCGGCUCCAGCGGGGAGAGCUCCGACUCCUUCGCCUCCUCCUCUUCCUCCUCCUGCGAGCACCCGCCGCCCCAGGCACAGGGGGGAGGACCCGCGCCCCCCAAGGCGGCCAAGGCCAGGGAGCAGUCCGGGAUAGACAGCAUCCCGGCCCUGAUGCUGAGCAGUCGCCUGUCGUCGGGUUUCGGGACUUCCGAGAGCAACGUCAGAUCCAACACGCCCAGCAUCAAGAACACCAGGUUCAAGGGCAAGCGCGGCGGCGCCUACCCCUCGCUGCCCAACCAGCCCUCGGAGGCGGGGGCCCACUUCAUGUUCGAGCUGGCCAAGACGGUGCUGACCAAGGCGGGGGGCUCGAGCUCCACGGCGGUGCUGUUCACCACGGCCUCGGCGGGGGGCGGCCAGAACCACCGCGGCCCCCACCGGGCCCUGCACCUGUGCGCCUUCCAGAUCGGGCUGUACGCCCUGGGCCUGCACAACGCGGUCAGCCCCAACUGGCUGUCCCGGACCUACUCGUCGCACGUCUCCUGGAUCACAGGCCAGGCCAUGGAGAUCGGCAGCACGGCCAUCACGUUCCUGAUCGGCACGUGGGAGGGCCACCUCACCCCUCCCGAGGUAGCGUCCCUGGCGGACCGUGCCUCCCGGGGGCGGGACCCCGGGAUGGUGAGCGCCGCCGCCCGCCUGGCCCUGUCUUGCCUGCCCCACGCCCACGCCCUCAACCCCAACGAGAUCCAGAGGGCCCUCCUGCAGUGCAAGGAGCAGCCGGGCCCCGAGAUGCUGGAGAGGGCCUGCCUGGCCGUGGAGAGCGCGGCCAAGGGCGGAGGCGUCUACCCGGAGGUGCUCUUCGACGUCGCACGCCGGUGGUAUGAGCUGUACGAGGAGAGCCUGGAUGACAACCACCACUGCGGCAGCGGCUCCCAGCUCCAGGACGCCCACCCCAACGGGGUGGACCCCCCGACCACCACCUCCUCCUCCGUGGGCGGCACGGAGACAAUGCUGCCCCCCUGCGAGCACCUGCUGGCCGCCCCCGGGCCCCUGCACCUGGAGGGAGCCGUCAUCCCCUCGGUGCAGGUGCUGCCGCCCCAGCUGUCUUAUGCCCUGGCCGCCUACCCCAACUACGGCUACGUGCCCUUCUCGCCUCUGCACCCGGCCUACGUGCACCCGCCGCCCGUGACGUACCCCUACGCCCCGGCCCUGGCCUACUACCCCCCGGUGAGGGGGGCCGGACUGUACCCGCCGCCCGGAGCGGCACAAGUGGCAAGGGCGGCAGCGGUGGCACAGGCCCCCCAGGCGCCUGUCUUAUCCGUGGGAGGCCACGGAGGCGUGAUGUCCCAGGCGGCACCGGCUCCCCAGGCCAUGCCGACGCCUCAACAGACACAGAUGCAGGUCCCCCUCCCCCAGCUGAGCCAGCGCCAGAUGGGGUACUUGCUGGCGGCGUACCGCGUGGGCAUGCUGGCCAUGGAGACUCUUGCGCGCCGGGUGCACGACGACCGGCCGCAGGCCAAGUACGCCAGGAACCCGCCCUACGGGGAGGACGUCAAGUGGCUGCUCUCCAUCGCCAAGAAGCUGGGCACUUCGUACCUGCAGGACUUCUGCAUCUGCACUGUGAACAGCGUGGCCAGCCCCUUCGUUCUGCACGAGAUCGUGGUGGAGGCUGCGCAGUACCUGGCACUGCGCUCCUCCCCCUCUGCGCCUCUGCCCCUGCGCUCACACCUGCUCACCCCACUCAUUCAGAAGUGCCAGCAGAUGUUCACGGCAUGCACCCACUUCAAGAUGUACCACAUCACGCCGGCCGAGUACGACGAGUUCGUGAGCAUCAUCCGCUCCGCCAGGACCGCCUUCCAGCUCACCCCGGGGGGCAUGGUCCAGUUCAACGAGCUGCUGCAGAGCCUGCGCCGCACCAAGUCCUGCAAGAAGGAACUAUGGCAGCGGAUCGCCAACACCCUCGCCGCGCCCCCCACCCUCUGAUCCUCGCGGGAUGUCCCCCGGGACCUCCCCCAGACGUCGCUUUUUCAACUCCGAGAGACGUCACGUGGCAUCCGUCUCGGUCUUAUUCGACUCCGAGACGUGCCCCAUAGACUCAUAAUUGUGUGAACUCCGUUCGAGCAGAAUGAGACCUCCCCCAGACGUCGGUCUCGCGGACACUUUUUCAACUCCGAGAGACGUCCGCGACAUCCGUCUCGGUCUUAUUCAACUCCGAGACGCGCCCCAUAGACUCGUAAUUGUGUGAACUCCAUUCGAGACGUCUACCAGAACGAGACCUCCCCCAGACGCCGAUCUCGCGGACACU